CGUCAUCGCCUGGUCCAUGAUUCGUGAAUACACCUACCCCUUGUUUAGAUAAUGCAUGAUUAAGCAUGCGUGAGUCAAUUUCAUUGCAGACUUGGCUAUCUCACGAGCACAGUGCUCUGAUCUCUUCUGAGUAGUGGAUGUUCAUACACGGGGUUUGACGAAUGUUAAUCCAUUUAAGCAAGAUUGAAAGCCAUAAAAGUUGUACAUCUACAGCAAUAGGUGGAGUUGUGGAAGAGGACAAGCCAAUAAAACGAAUGGUGUGCGCCUACAACACGCGGAGUAUCUCUUCUGUUUACACUAACCAUUCCACGGACGUGUGUUAAAACGUCAUAUUUUCAAACACGCAUGAUACGUGUAAUGAAUGUGCAAACAGUUGGACGAGGACGAAUUUCAUUUGUUGAAAAAAGUCCAUUUAGCGUGUAUUUGUUGUGAUGAAAAUUAAAGGGGCCGUGUAUUUAGGGAUUGCAUUCUGCUGCGGAUCCUGUGGGAGCUUCUGUCGACAGUUCUCAGUAGGGAAUACGUACCUGAAGCUAUGUGCCCGUCCGGGAUGUAUGUGUAGUAGCCACGAUAGAGCAUCAUACCGGCUUGUUGAAUAAGGUGAUUCUCAUAUAUUCUGUUACCACUUUGGAGGACUGGGGCUUUAUCUUUUAAUGAAUAUAUCAAUUUUAAUACUGCAAAUCGGGGCUGGGUGAAUUGGUGGAGGUGCUAGUAGUAGGAGUAGUGUCUGUGCUAGUAGAAAAAAGGUCGAGUUUUGUGUAGUAGUUUCGGCCUCGCCAGUCUCGGUAGGUCUCUUGUCCGUGUUUUAGAGUAUUAACCUAAGCACCUGUGUUUACCGUGAGCUUAUCACAGCUAUAUCGGUCCGCGCUGUGCCUAACCCUUGCCAAGGGCUUGAUGAGGAACUGACAAGCUGGACAUCGCUUUUUAUGCAGCCUAUUUGAGUGGCGGUCAGUGAUGGUUGUUUCUACUGGUCAGUGUAGGAAGCAGCAGGCGGUACAGAACACUGGAAUACUAACCGUAUUAUUAGUUAUUCCUAUUACCCCAAUAUGAGACAUAUGAACAACACUUAAUGGUUUGUUUUGACGAAUGGUUGAAAAACAUGAAUACUGGUUGUUUUGGAGUUGUGGAUGCUAUUCCAACAGUGCGGCCUGUCACUAGUAGUAUUACGGAGAGGGAUAUCACAGCGGGUACUUCACCAGUACUACAAACUACAGACUUAUAUAUCACUUUUGACGGACCACGUAAGAACAUAGAGACAAUUAAAUGACUCGGGGGUACGUCCUUAAACUAACCAUGAUCUACAAGAUCCUAGCCUAUAUCGUCGUACCGUUGCUACUUUCCAGUUGUCUAGCCAAAAGCAAACUUUCGCUUUGGAUGGAUGAGAACCAGGUCGAGCACUUAGUUGGACUCCGGAUGAAAGUGUAUAUUGUUAGCGACGGAACGUUUCCCCAUUAUCUGCGGACCCCAGGGAUAGACAAGGGGCUACAAUCCAUCCCUUCUGAGGUGGAUACUGUAAACCUCACAUGGGAAGCUGGCGAUGACACGUUUACUUAUUGGUUCAACGACUUAAAGUCCUUGGACACACGGUUAUUGUACAAUCCACUUCUAAGCAUUCCAGUUUCCGGUAUGAUUCCGCAUAGACCAAAAGUUUUCCAGAUGUCUAUACCCUGUACGGGGGAGGAUGAUGGAACAGCCUCCCUAACGCUGGGUCUUCAAAUCUUUAACAAGCAUGGUCAGCCAAUCAGAGGAUCCCCUAUGCAAUUCAAACUGAAAAAGACAUGUUCAGCGUUUGUUUCUUCCCAACUCUGUCCAUUUGAGUGUUUGAAUGGAGGUCGAUGUAGUCAGUUCGGUCACUGCGAGUGUGCACAAGGAUAUCACGGCCUGAAAUGUGAAAGAACGAUGUGCCAAAACGGCUGCGACAACAAUGGUACAUGUAUGUCCGAGGAUGUAUGUAUAUGUCCGGACGGCUUCUCGGGCAAACGCUGCGAACGGGCUCUGUGCAAACAACCCUGUCAGAACGGAGGGCGUUGUAUACAGGAGGAUGUAUGUUGGUGUACAAGCGGGUUCUAUGGCGAGGCUUGCAGAUUUAGCAAAUGCAAACCCCAAUGCGAAAAUGGUGGCGUGUGUAUUGGGGUAAACGAGUGUCAGUGUCCGGCAGCGUUUAAGGGUGAUUUGUGUGAAAAACGUCGAUGUAAGCCUACCUGUCGACAUGGAGGAUUGUGUAUAGGCGACAACAGGUGUCGCUGUCCAGUUGGAUUCUCUGGCAGUGUGUGUGAAAAACGUGAAAAACGGGAUAAGAGAAGCAACAAACACAAAAGGAGAAGGAAAAAUAGAAAAAAGGGAAGGAGGAAAAAGAAAAAUCCUAAGAAGCGACGACGGCAUAGAAAAAUUAAGAGAAGAAAGGGGAAAUCAAAGAAAAAUAGACGGAAACAACCUUUAUUAGAACAAGUUCGUGCUUUUUAUAGACGAAAAAAGAAGCGGGAACGUCGCGAGAGGGCGAGGAAAGAAGGAAACAGAAACCGGAAAAAGCAGUUUGUACGGUGAUAGUACCUGUACGGUAAUACCUGAGGGGUCGGAUAAUCGGAUAUUGUGAUAUGAAAAACAAACUCUCGGAGUAUUAUAUUCUUUCAUUGAUACAUGUAACAGUGCAGUGUUUUAAGUGGAUAUUGACUCGCUUCUGCUUCUUUGCGCCUUGUAGAAAUACGUACGUAUGUAAACGGCCUUGUGAAUUAACACUGUAUUGCAAUGGGAACAUUACAUGGAGCAAGUUCUGACUUUUAUAACAGUUACGUUUUUGAUGAAACUGACUUAGCUCUUGAUCGGUGUAACAGUGUGCAUUAAGGGUGUGUGUAGGCCGAGAUUAACAAAACUGUUAGACGUUCAUCUAUGAUCGGUGUAACACUUUGUAAUAUCAUGGAUUCUGGGACAUAGUCGUUAUAGCAGAUAUGUACGUCGUACCAAAUUUAUAAGUUCAUACAAACUCAUACUUGAUAGUUGAUAUAUAUUCACUCAUUCGUUAUUUAUUUGUUGUUUGCUGUGAUACGACAAUUUCCGUGGAACUUAUGACGUCAUUAACCUCGUUAUGGCAUUAAAUUUGAAACGUACGGAUGGGUGUCACGAUUUGCAUUGAACAUAUAUGUUUAUGACUACAGCGUAUCCGUCCAAACACAUUAUAGGAAGUAACAUUCUAGUGAUUACAUCAUGUUGAAUGUGAGAUCCGCUGUACAUAUAGUAUUGCUUCGUUAAAGUACAAUUUAUCUAAAAGUCUUCACCUGGAACGAUGCAGACAGAUACAGACUUACCAAAAGCCCGUAUAUUAUCUGGUGAAAUAGACUGAGAAUGGCCUAAUCUCAUACAGUGUGUAUUAAGAGUGUGUAUAUGCAGAGAUUAACAAAACUGUUAGACGUUCAUCUAAAAGGCUUACAAGGGAGUCAUACCAAUGUAGUUGUGCUGACAGAAGAAAUAUUGUGCUAUUUAUAUGAGAAACAUUUACAUAUUUAAACUCAUGAAAUAUUUUAAUAUUCAUAAGCAAUUACAAGUAACUGAUAUAUUUCGUCCAUACCGAUUGAUUUGUAAUUACGAUAUGAUUAUGCGUCAGUGAAUAUUUGCAACGUCAAGGAGUCAUUGUUGGCUUCCAUUGUUUAUCAUGAAGGCUUCGGAUGUAUCGGGUCAAUUGUAUAAUAAUAUGUAAUGCCAAAAAUUUUCCUGGAGAGCUUAGUGAAGGAAAUUUAUUAAUGAUUGAAUAAUUGUACGUUCUCUAAUUUCCCUUUGCCUAAUUUAAACAUGAUAUGUGGUAAUUCAUAUGAAUGUCAAUAAAGUUCACAGUGAAUAAGAUUUAAUUUUAUCUUCAGUUAAGUGUGAUAUAUUUUAGCCAAAAAUGCGACCACUGCUCAUUGAAUAUAAAAGUAAUCUAUAUUGUAAAACACAAAUUCAGAUAUCUCAUUGUUCCUAUGACCGAUAUACACAAUAACCAUUGAUUAAAAUCAAGCAAAGGUACAUUUCAUUACUAUUUAUUUUGGUUAUAUCAUCGUUGUUGUCAUGUUUGUUUCAAUUCCUGGUGUGCAGAAAACAUUAAUGGUUGUGAAAUCAAGCAUUAUGCGAUACAAAUGUAUAUAGAGAUACAUAUUGAAUUUUGUUUUAGAGAUGAAUGUUUGAUAUUGUUGAAUGUCGCUGUUUGUUUUGUUAAUAGAUUUAAAGUUAUGACGUCAUUGUUAAUUAAAUGAAUGAGCGUUUUUUGGUAAGGGCGCUAAUGUUUACAUGUUUAAUAUCGUGGUGUCUCUUGAAAACAUUUUUGUAAUAUUAGCAAAUUGAAAUGAAUUGUCAUUUCUGCACAGCUAAAAUAAUGAUAAUUUAUUGCAUAGAGGGAUUUUGAUUAUUUCAUUCAUUGAAUGCGUGAAUAUAUUGACUCGCUAUGAAUUACACGUUGCAAUAGUUUUGCGAAAAAAUUCAGAUGUGUGAUUAUAAAUAUGUUGAGUGAAAGAGGAAGAAAAAUAAUAGAAUGGUAAUGAUACUAUUGAUUAAUAUCAUUCAAUACUAUCAAAUGAGUCUUCGUUCUCAUUUAAACAACAACAACGACACAUGGAUAUUGAUUGUGUAAUCCAAUGUAUUCACUGAAGUAGACGUACGCUGUCCGCCAUUGAUAUAAAGAUGCUGCCUAUGUGAUGGUUGAAUGUGAGAUAAUUAUUGUAUAUUUUGAACCAUACUAAUAUAUUAUUGCCACUCUGACUAAAUUAAUGUUUUUCAUUUGGAAUCGAAUAUAUGAAUCAAAUUGUAAAUACUUAUGGAAAUUGUAAAAAAAAUAAAUUUGCAAAUGUUUUAAUUGUC